CCGCUCCUGGGCCGGACAUCUUCUAUUCACCCGUUCCUCUACAAUUCCAUAGAGUGAUAUAGCCAUGCCUCUCAGCGAUCAUGCGCCCCGGCUGGAAUUUCUCAAGAGCUCGGCCAGCUUCCUCAAUGCUCUCAGCCCAUCCACCGCGGCCUAUUUGAUGACGUUACACAAUGGCAUUAUCUAUGAUGAAUUUAAGCCCCUGAACCAGCGGCAUCACGAGGCAGCAUGCGGUGCAUGUGGCAGCGUCAGAAGCGCGGCAUGGACCAAGACCAUCAAUAUCCCCAAAAGAAAAGGCAAGCUCUCGAAGUCAGGCACUGCGGUUAAGCCAACCUGUGAAGGAGCUACGAUCCUGAAGUGUAUCCGUUGCCGUCGGCGCACCGUCAAGCCGAUUCGAAAGGAGGCAGGCCGCUCUGCUAUGCCUGCCAAAGCUAUUCCUACGACAGCAUCUACGCCUGAAGUCCAAUCCUCUGCAGCUACGGCCUCCCUUUCUGAGCCCACCUCGGAAUUGACGGAUCCAAAUCGGGUGAAUAAAGCGGCCGACAAUGCCAGUAGCAAAAAGCGAGCCAAGGCCAGGAAGCAAAGCGGGUUACAGGCACUGAUGGCCUCCAAGCAACAAUCGCGCACGCAUUCAUCCUCUCUCGACCUCUUUGACUUCCUUCAGUGAAAGGGACCUGCAAAUUUUCUUGCUGGUCACGAGCCCAUGCCAAGACCGGAGGGUCGGAUGCUUCCUCCGGGAUGGUUUGGGCCUAGCGCGGGGUUCCUUUAUCGGCCGGAGCUCCCCAAGCGGCUUCCCG